UUGGUGUUUUUCAGUUUUUGUUGAUAUGGUGAAACAGUGAGGAACCAGGAGAGUCUAGAUGGUGAUGGGUUUUCAGGAGAUGCGAAUAGUGUGACGAAAUCUGAUUCUCCUAUGUCUUUACUCUCAAGAUUUCCAUUUUCCCAGAAAAUAAAAAUUCCAUUUUUUUUAUGUGAUAUUCCCUUAUUUCAAGUCUGCUUGAAGCUUUCUGUCUCUCGUGGUAGACUGGUUUGGUUAAGGCCUUGAAAAAGGACCAAAGGUUUCAGCUUUUUAGCUAGGGGAGAAAGUUCUCAUCUGGGUUCUAGUUGAGCUAUAGUCUUACAGAGCUUCAGUCUGCUCUCUCUUGGGUUUGCGGUGGUGGUACUCUCUAACAUGUGGGUUUCAGUUUAGCUUUUAGUCAAGUUGCUUGCUUUGGUUCCACUGUCUUUGCUUUUGAGAGAUUUUUGGCUUUUGUUUUCUUUGCACUCCAAUGGGUAGAGGGACAAGUACUUCAAAUUUUAAGUGUAGAAUCACAAGCCUGCUUCUGCUUCUGCUUUUGCUAUUCCUGUUCUGCUCAACUGUUGAGUCUCAACAAACUGAGCCUCCAUCGCCCUCAAAGCACCCUCGUUCCAAGAACAACCAGCUUGAAAGAAUCCUACUUAGUCUUGUGUUGGGAGUAUUGACAGGGCUCAUACUUGUCCUCAUCUCUGCUUUCACUGUCCGCUGCUUUGUUCGCUACAUUAGCAGAACCCCAAUUCUCAAAGGCCCUGUGAUUUUCUCCCCCAAAAUCGCGCCGAAAACGCUUCAAUUGGCAAUGGCUAAUGAGAACCAGCUGCUUGGUUCCAGCCCCAAUGGGAAGUACUACAGGACUGUGCUUGACAAUGGGCUCAUUAUUGCAGUGAAGCAGCUGGAGCCCUUUUCGGAGUGUGGUUCGCCCGAGGCGCAGAGCAAGUGUGCCAAGAGGAGGAUACAGCAGGAGCUGGAGGUGCUUGCUGGACUGAGACACAGGCAUUUGAUGAGUUUGAGGGCUUAUGUUCGCGAGCACGACAAAUUUUCUUUGGUUUAUGAUUUUGUGCCCAAUGGGAGCUUGGAGGAUGCUAUGAAUAGAGUUAGGGAGAGUCAGUUGCAGCUCAGUUGGGAGGUUCGGCUUCGGAUUGCUGUUGGGGUGAUUAAGGGGCUUCAGUAUCUUCAUGCAUAUGUGCCUCAGAUUAUGCAUUAUAAUUUGAAGCCGAGAAAUGUUAUGUUGGAUGCUGAGUUUGAGCCGAGGUUGGGGGAUUAUGGGUUGGCCAAGCUCACUCCUCAUUUGGAUGGGGCAUUAUCUGGCUACACUGCUCCAGUUUGUUUCCAGAAUGACAGGUACACUGAUAAGAGUGACAUUUUCAGCUUUGGGAUGAUUUUGGGAGUUUUAUUAACUGGUAGAGACCCAACUGAUCCCUUCUUUGGGGAGACGUCUAGUGGAGGAAGUUUAGGAAGGUGGUUGCGGCACUUGCAGCAGGCAGGGGAGGCACGGGAAGCAUUAGAUAAGAGCAUUAUUGGGGAGGAAGGAGAGGAAGAUGAAAUGUUAAUGGCAGUGAGAAUUGCUGUCGUAUGCUUAUCAGAUGUGCCAGCAGAAAGGCCAUCAAGUGAUGAACUUGUUCACAUGCUAACCCAACUGCACAGUUUUUAAAGCAAAUGAAGUACUUUGAUUGAAGCUCCUGUUUCUGUAGAUUUUGGGGAAGUAGACUCCAGAAAUAUUUGCUUCAGGUUUUGAUUCGAAAUCUGCACAUUUCUUUUAGAAAUCAUAUGCUUCCUGGUUUGUGUAUAUUGGCUGUGAGUGAAAAAACUUCAA